AUGGAUGAACGGGAGGCGAACACAAUUACCAGAUCACCUAACCGAUCAGGAGACGAGAUGAUGGGCAGACAAUCGCCGCAGAUGAUGAUGCUAAUGGGGCAAAAGCAAGAGAAGAAUGUAGGCUCGGAUUUUAGCUCAAAGCCUGGAGGUUGGCGCUCGGUCCUCGUCGAAGCAAACCCCAGCUCAUCUUCUCGACUUGUGCGCCUCUCUCCUCGCAUCUCCUUGGCCUUUCCCCUCUCCACCCCUCCCUUUGCUCUUGCACAGACGCCGUGGCAUGUGAUGCGUGAGUGCUUGUAUUGUGGCAUCAUCUCGUUACAGUGUAUCCCAUGCUGAUGCUGCGAACGCUCUCUCUCCGCCUUGACUGCCCCCCACCCGGUGUGUCUCUGAUCUCUGUCACCCACAUUUCGACCCUGACCGCGCGCGACCUUCUCGCCGGAUGCGCUCUGCGGCCGCCUGUCCCGCGUCUUGGAUCGCGUUCCAUGCGGCGCGCUGCUGCUGCUCUGGGACUGCUCACAACAGCUGUAGUACCAAAUCCAUCGACGCCGCCGAGUGGGUUCGAUCAUCGUAGAUUAAGUUGGGGUGAGUGCGAUUGACUCGCAUGGGGGAACUUUGUUGUUGAACCGACCGAACUGACUCUGCUUGCACCUCGACCUUUUUGGGGCUCGCUUGCUUUGCUGCGAUAAAAUUAUACUGCAGUCGACGAGCACGGGCCUACGUCAUGCGCCAGCGCCGACGCGACGGCCGUGCCGCAGCCCGCUCCGAUAGCUGCCCAUGCGCCACCACCGCCGCCACCGCCGUCGGCCGGGACAUGUGGGGUAACAGGUGCUGCACCCGCACCCGGGCAUGCAGCAGCCGCUGGCUGGCCGCCCGGCUCGACCGAGCAAGCCCGGGAUGGGUCUGGUGACACCGAUUCUUAUCAACGUCACCAGCAUCACCAGCAUCAUCAGCAUCAUCAGCAGCAGCUGCAGCAACAACAACACCACGACCAGCACCGGCCACUACAGAUGGUUCCUCUCUCUGCCCACGAUGAGCGACAUUCAUCAUCAUCUCGCGCAUACAGUCAGCAGCACCCGUCACAACAGCCGUACCAACAGCCACAAUACCUACAACAACAACAGCAGCCACAGCACCAACAACAGCACUACUCGCCGGCUCUACAUCACCAUCAAUCGAUGCCGAAUUUUCGCACGUCCCCCAUGCAUCCGGGAUCGCCGGCAAGCAGUACCGGUGGCACGCCAAGGGCGCAGCCGGGGCCGAUGGCUGAUCGUGGAACACCCUCUUCGCAUUCUUCGCACGUCUACCGACCUUACAACCCACUCGAACACCUCCCUCCGCAUGCCUCCCAACCUCGAAUGAACAAUUCCAACUUCGAAGGCGCGCAUCUCGCGAGCGCCAUCGGCUCCGACGACCGGUUCUCGACCGUUGGGCCGGCGCGCGUGGCGACCGUUAGCGCCUCCAUGCAGCAGCCAUCUUCUGGCGCCUCUUCGCGCCCCGAUGAGCCAACAAUUCAAACGCUCCCAAUUCAACCGUCAGCGAUCUUGAGCGCGUCACGCAACUCGUCAAUGCAACAACAUCACAUUCAUGGCAUCUACCAACACUCUUAUUCGCAUUCAUAUCCACAACAGCAACAACACGACACGAGUGCCGUCGGCUUCUCCCACCACGUUCCGCCGACGUUGCCCAUGUCCGCGAGAUCCGGCGAAUCGCCGACCUCUCGGCAGCAGCAGUUCUACCCGGCAGCGGCCCAGCAGGUCCACUACGUGAGACCGAGCUCGUCAUCGUCUUCUUCGGUCACGUCGAGCUGGUCGACGUUGUCCCCGAUUCUCGACCGACCUUAUCAACCGAAUGCGAUAGCGUCGGGGCCCACGGCGGUAUAUUCGCCGAGUGUGAACCAGCACUGGGGUCCGAGCUCGGCGAACGAAUUUGCGAACGCUGGGGGUGUGUUCUCCGCCGCACCGCGUUACAGCACUUACGAGGAAGGAAUCAUGGCGCAAAGUGGGGCACAGUACCUCCCAAUUCCUUCGGGGAUGCCUGUUCCCCUUCUGUCAUCGCCACCGAUCCCUUUACGCCCGCGUCACAGUCCGCCGAGCGAGCGAAGCACCGGCAGCGAUGAGGAACGAAAGGAUUCUACGACGGUAUGUCCGCUUCUGCCCCCUUUUGCGCAUGUUGAGCCCAUGCUCACUUACACUCGACCUGAAAUUACACAGCCCUUUAUCAGCAAGCUCUCGCAUUUGCUCUCGAACGAGGACUAUCAUCAUCUCAUACGAUGGAACGAUGAGGUUAGUGUGCAAUCGAUGUGGGCCCACCGCAGCCAGCGUGCCCUGACAUUUUGUACGAUCGGCUUCGUGUUUGCAGGGUGACAAGUUCACAUUCGCGCAUUCGUCGCCAGAACUUCUCGAGGCUUUCACUCGCAUUUUCCGUCACGGCAACAUCCACUCCUUCGUUCGCCAACUGAACAUCUGUAAGCGACCUUAUUGUGCGGCCGUGGAGCAAUGUCUGCCCAGCGCGCUGAACCCAGUAUCAUAUUCACAGACUCCUUCACUCGCCUCUCGACGAUGGAGCUGGUUGAAUGUCUCCCAUCGAAUGAAGACCCUGCUCGGGUUUCGGACUACCAUGGCUUUAUGCAUCCCCUGUUCUUCCGCGACUCGCCGCAUCGAACGUGUGACCUGACCAAGAUCAAGGUGCGCAGAUCCUUCACCCACGAAAUGGACGACAUGUCAACUGAUGACUCCUCGUUCCAUUUUCCACAUCUGUGCAGCCUAAGGCAUCGAAAAAGUCCGCUGCAUCGAAAGGGAAUGGCAAUGCGAUGUUCGCGAACGCUCCGCCCACGCCCGGUGACAAACGCCGCAGUUCUCUGUCAGGGCUUUCGAGCUUGGUCAGGGAAGCGGCAUCGCCUUACGCCUUCCACCCUCACCAGCCUCAGCUUCAGGAUGAGCAAUACCACCGAUAUUGA